AGUCAGUUUUGGAUAGCUGAACUCGUGGCAAGCUAGAACUGAUUUGGUUGUGGAGUUUAGACAAAGCCUGAGAGAGAGUCUGUCGGUGAAUAUCGGGGGGAAGAUGGUGAAGUCUUCAGAGAUCGUGAAGAAGCUCAAUCUCAGGUCUCACCAAGAAGGUGGUUUCUUCUAUGAAACGUUCAGAGAUUCUUCUGUCAUCCUCUCCACCUCUCAUCUCCCACCCACCUUCAAGGUGGACAGAGCUGUGAGCACAAGCAUCUACUUCUUGCUUCCUUCUGGUAACGUUUCACGUCUUCAUCGCAUUCCAAUGGCUGAAACCUGGCACUUCUAUUUGGGUGAACCCCUCACUGUAGUGGAGAUCCACGACGAUGGGAAGUUGAAAUUCACGUGUCUUGGUCCUGACUUGAUUGAAGGCGACCAGAAGCCUCAGUACACUGUCCCUCCAAACAUCUGGUUUGGUUCGUUUCCGACAAAGGAUUUUCAUUUCCCUCACGAUGGGAAUCUGCUUAGAACUGAGCCUAGAGACUCCGAGAACCAUUUCUCUCUUGUUGGAUGCACCUGCGCUCCUGGUUUCCAGUUUGAGGACUUUGAGCUUGCGAAACGCUCUCACCUCUUAUCGCUGUUUCCUCAGCACGAGUCGCUUAUCACAAUGCUCUCUUAUCCUGAGUGAAGGAGGUUAAUGAUAAUAAAAAGAAUGACAACUCAGUUCACUAUGUUGUUUUGUUUCUUUCAACACCUUACUUAUGAACCAUGCGAGGUUGUAAUUGUACUCUUUUGAUUUUACUUUUGAACUAUC